CUUCGAGGCUCGAAGUUCGAACCCAUACAUUUUCACGGUUCACACAUAUAUAGUAUAGUUAUAUACAUCUAAACCAACGAACACAAACACACAGAGAAACACGAGAGAGAGAGAGAGAGAGAUCACACUUUCCCUUGUUUCCUUAAACUUUGUAGUAUCGUACAACUCUCAUUUCCUUAUCCCACAUCAAAGCUAGAGAGAGAGAGAGGCAAUGAAGGGACCGAAGACGCCGAUCCACGCGGUGGCGACAUGGGUUCGCAGGCAACCCCCAAAGAUCAAGGGGUUUCUGGCGGUGGUGUCGGCCAUGACAACGCUGGGGUUCCUGCGAAUGGUCGUCCACGACCACGACAACCUUUUCGUCGCAGCCGAGGCCGUUCACGCCCUCGGAAUCUCCGUUCUCAUCUACAAGCUCACCAAGGAGAAGACAUGCGCUGGGCUCUCACUCAAAUCACAGGACCUAACAGCUCUAUUUCUGGCGGUUAGACUCUACUGCAGUUUUGUUAUGGAAUUUGAUAUACACACACUACUUGAUUCAGCAGCAUUGGCGACAACCCUUUGGGUUAUCUAUAUGAUACGUUUUAAUUUGAAGUCUAGUUACAUGGAAGAUAAAGACAACUUCAAGAUUUACUAUGUGGUGAUACCUUGUGCUGUGCUAUCAUUAUUAAUUCACCCCACAACGCAGCAUCAUAUCUUGAAUCGGAUUUUGUGGGCGUUCUGUGUUUAUCUUGAAGCUGUUUCAGUGCUACCUCAGUUGCGGGUAAUGCAGAACACAAAGAUUGUUGAACCAUUCACAGCACAUUAUGUAUUUGCGCUGGGAGUUGCGAGGUUCUUGAGUUGUGCACAUUGGGUUCUCCAGGUAUUGGAUACUCGAGGCCGCUUACUUACAGCUUUGGGUUAUGGCUUGUGGCCUCCUAUGGUUCUCCUUUCCGAAAUUGUUCAGACUUUCAUUCUUGCAGAUUUUUGCUACUACUAUGUCAAAAGCAUUGUUGGCGGACAACUUGUUCUGCGUCUCCCUUCGGGAGUGGUGUAAGCUCGGGAUGCUUCAAAUUUUUGGUAUAUAUCUAGUUCAGCAGAAUCAUUCUACCUCAGCAAUUUAACUUUGUAAUGUCAGUUGUAGUCUUUAACAGUUGUUAGGAGGCUUAGAUCUUCUUGACAUGAUGUAUGCUUCAGGAUCUAUCCUCAUUGUUUUAAGUCCAAUUAUUAGUACUGAGCAUGAACUUGACAUAAAAUUAUCAGUUAUCAGCUAAUGCUUCAAGCUUGUCUUAAUAGUCUGUGUUGAGUCGAGUUUCAUUUUGGGUAAUGGAUUCUCUCCACUCGGGGAAAUUAAGACGAAAUUGGUGAAAAUCUUCAGGCAGUGUCUGUGUGAAAGUCCUGUGAGUUGGCAAUAAUUAUGGACUAUGACAAUGAGCUUUGCCUAACUGUUUACAUCAAAAAACAACAAUUAGUAGGGGACUAGAAUUGGAUGCAAUAGUGGCAUGUCAUGUAUGCAACACGGGCAGUUAAUGUGAUAGGGGCACCUGCUCGGAGCACAUUCCAAGCACCAUGGACACCUGCCCGAGCAAUUACAGGCCCACCCGAGUAUGCGUAGUUUGGAAAACGACUCGAAUGCUCUAGGUGCAAAUGUGAAUAAUGCAUUUUGUCAACUAGUUGAUUGGAUAUUUAGUGGUUCUCAGUACUUUUUUUGUCUCUUUAAUAAUGAUGUGACUUUUAAAACA